GGCCGCUCUCGCCUACCCGGGCCGCGGCGGGCCCGCUGCCGCCCUCCCCCGGCGCCGCGGCGGGCGGGAGGAUGGAGCAGGGGCUGUCCGCCAUCACCCUCUACUGCGCGCCCGCCGCCGGCCCCGCGCCCGCCAUCGGCGCCAUGGAGCCCGAGCAGCAACUUGCAAAGGGAGAUGGUGGCUUUGAGAAUGUGGAGCUGGGUGUCAUAGGAAAGAAGAAGAAAAUUCCAAGGAGAGUUAUUCAUUUUGCAAGUGGAGAAACAAUGGAAGAAUAUAGCACAGAUGAAGAGGAAGAUGAACAAGAGAAAAAAGACCUGUUGCCGCCUGUAGAUCCUACAACGCUCACGUGGGGACCCUACUUGUGGUUUCACAUGCUGCGAGUUGCAACAUCAACUCUAUCAGUAUGUGAUUUCCUUGGGGAAAAGAUUGCAUCUGUUCUGGGAAUAAGCACACCAAAAUACCAAUAUGCAAUUGAUGAGUAUUACAGAAUGAAGAGAGAGGAGGAAGAGGAGGAACAGGAAAACAAGAUGUCAGAAGAAGCAGAAAGACAGCAUCAGGAACAGCAGAACAAGCCACAAGCUGAAGCUCCUGUCCAGACGGACCAGCCUGAAGCAACAGCAUGCUCUUCAUUCGUGAAUGUAAACUUUGAAAAUGAGGGAGAUUGCCCGUCCAUUGGGAAAAAUAAACAAGAUGUAGUUCCCGUCCCUCCUUAAGUGUAAAGCUCUGUAUAAUGUAGGAAAUAAGAACUGUCAGGUGUCACAAUCUGGCUAUAAACAGGAAAAUAGGAUUAUACUUGUUCAGUGAAAUACAACUCCUACCAUUCUUAUUGAUCAGGAGAGAGCUAGGCGAUGUCAGUUCUGUCUGCCUAAUAAAGGCUGAGGCAUUCUGCCAAAUUGGCACUUCAGUUAAAAUGAAAAUUGCACUACAAACAUUUGGUCUAAAAUUGAUUGUGUGAGCUAAUUUCUGUGUAAAGCAAGUAAAAAUGUCUUUUCUUUGAAUUGCUGUGUCUCUAACACCUGUGGAUUGCAGAGGCAGUGCUGUUUCCUACUUCUAAACACCUGUUUCUGAUUUGCACGUUGUUUGCAACUCGGCUCUCUAUGAAUAGAUUAAUAGGAAUUAAUAUCCUGUAACUCACAGUAAUAAGAGUCUGAUUUCCCCUAUUUAUUGUCGCUACUGUAUGCAUGUAUUUUUUUCUGUUGUUAACAUAAGAGAAACUAUUAGAUUUAAUGUUAAUUAGAUUUAAGGGUCCACUGACUUUUUUUAUCAAAAAAAAAAACUUUCCAGAGGGCUAUAAACACCCUUAAGAACUUAGUAACAAGUACCAGCACUCUCGGAGGCUGAUAGUGCUCAGCUGCUCUAUUCAAUGCUGUAGCAAAGUACAGAACUAUUGUAAGACAUUCCCACUAUAAGUCCAAGAAUUAAGAGACCCACGUGCUUGAAUGCAUGCUCUCAAUGGUCCUGGGAAAGAAACUAGUCUUGCUAAAUUACAUUGAGUGCACUGGACACUCUGUAUGAUACCAGUCUGGAACUAUGAAAACUUUUUCAGACAUAGAUUACCCAAGUGCAUGUACUUGAGCGACCUAAACAAACUAUGUGUUUAAUAUUAAAUUACCAGUAAGGGAUAUGCCAUUGCAGGUAUUUUUCUCCCCUCUAGCACAGAAUACUAAAUAACUAGAAACCACAAAACAAACUUGUGACUCUUUCCUUCUCUUAAAUAAACACAGUGUGUUCUGAUACGGCA